AUGAUGUCCUUCUGUAACGACAGCCUGCCCGAGGACUGUGUCUUCAUGGACCCGGGCAGCCCCCUGGUCCCAGACGACGUCACGCCCUCGUCCGAACCUGGUACACCUCUCAUAUCCGUGACUCUUCGGGUGACUCUGGCGGCCAUUAUGAUCUUUAUGAUUACCAUCGGUUUCCUUGGCAACGCUGUAGUGUGCCUGAUCGUCUACCAGAAACCUGCCAUGCGCUCGGCCAUCAACCUGCUCCUGGCCACGUUGGCGUUCUCUGACAUCAUGUUGUCCCUGCUGUGCAUGCCAUUCACAGCCGUCACUGUGGCCACCUCGGACUGGACCUUCGGGAGCACCUUCUGCCGCGCCUCCAUCAUGCUAUACUGGCUGUUCGUGCUGGAGGGAGUGUCCAUACUUCUCAUCAUCAGCGUGGAUCGGUUCCUUAUCAUAGUGCAACGCCAGGACAAGCUAACCCCAUACAGAGCCAAAGUCCUCAUCGCCGGCUCCUGGAUGCUCAGCUUGUGUAUAUCUCUACCAUCAGUGGUGGGAUGGAGGACAAGUGUGGCUGGGAUUGGGAGCACCUGGGCGCCCCAGUGUGUGCUAGGCUACAGCGAGUCCCUUGCAGACCGCGGCUACACUAUCCUCUUAGCUGUUGCGGUGUUCUUUGUGCCAUUUACGGUCAUGCUCUACGCGUACAUGUGUAUUCUCAACACGGUGCGACACAACACUCUUCGCAUUCACAACCACACCAACGAGCAUUCCUGCCUGCCAGCUCUAAACCAAAUCAGCAAAAUGAGGAUUUGUGGGUUGCAGCAUCCCCCUCAGAUUAAAGUGGACAUGAGUUUUAAGACGAGAGCGUUCACGACGAUUCUCAUCUUGUUUCUGGGCUUCUCCGUGUGCUGGCUGCCUCACACUAUCGUCAGUUUGCUGGGGGUCUUCAGCCGUCGUUUCUAUUACAGCUCUGUGUUCUAUCCCGUCAGUAUUGGAGCUCUGUGGCUCAGUUACCUCAAGACGGUGUUCAACCCCAUCAUCUACUGCUGGAGGAUCCGCAAGUUCAGGGAGGCCGUUCAAGAGUUUAUCCCCAAAAGCUGCCGGUUGUGUCCGAGAGUUCCGGGCCGGAGUCAUAGGAGAGUGAGACCCAGUAAUAUCUAUGUCUGCAGCGAAAGCCAGUCUUCUGUGUGA